CCGAGUCACAUGAUGACUAAAGUUCAUCUCAGUGCUGUAACUUUAAUAACUGUCCAGGACUCACGUCUGUCUGACACACAACAACACUGGGAUUUUAUUUAGAUUGUUCUGAAAUAUCAGGCUGUUAAACCAACCAAUACAAGGACAGGGAGUGACAUCGUGUGAGAAAAUGGCUUCUAGUUCGUCUCUCCCAGAGGAGGAUUUCUCCUGUACGGUGUGCCUUGACAUCUUUAAGGAUCCUGUCAUCUUGUCAUGCAGCCACAGCUUCUGCCAAGCCUGUCUAAAGGAAUGCUGGAAAGACAAGGAAUCUCGGGAAUGUCCACUUUGCAGGAGACGAUCGUCUAAGGAUCAUCCUCCUACAAACCUUUCUCUAAAGAACCUGUGUGAGGCCUUACGGGAAAGGAGACCGACAGAUCCAACCACAGGGUCCAAGGUGCUCUGCAGUCUACACAGUGAGAAACUCAGUCUGUUCUGUCUGGAGGAUAAAGAGCCCAUCUGUUUGGUGUGUCAGGUCUCAAGGAAACAUAAAGAUCAUGACUGUAUCCCUGUAGAUGAGGCUGUACAGGAUCACAAGGAGGAACUCCAGACUGACCUGAAGCCCUUACAGGAGAAGCUGAAGGUCUUUAAUAAAGUUAAACAAACCUGUGAUCAAACAGCAGUGCACAUUAAGAGCCAGGCUCAGCAGACAGAGAAGCAGAUUAAGGAGGAGUUUGAGAAACUUCACCAGUUUCUACGAGAAGAAGAGGAGGCCAGGAUAGCUGCUCUGAAAGAGGAAGAGAAGCAGAAGAGUCAGAAGAUGAAGGAGAAGAUUGAGCAGAUGAACAGAGAGAUAUCAUCACUUUCAGACACAAUCAGGGCCAUAGAAGGGGAGCUGAAAGAUGAAGACAUCUCAUUCCUGCAGAACUUCAAGACCAUGAAGGAAAGAGCCCAGUGCACAAUGCCAGAUCCACAGCUGGUGUCAGGGGGGCUGAUAGACGUGGCCAAACACCUGGGAAACCUGAAGUUCAGAGUCUGGGAGAAGAUGCAGGAGAUCAUCAAACACACUCCUGUGAUUCUGGACCCCAACACUGCAUCCUCCUGGCUCUGUCUGUCUGAUGAUCUGACCAGUGUGAGUCUAACUGGCCCAAAGCAGCAGCUCCCUGACAACCCAGAGAGAUUCAUGAAGUAUGCAGAUAUUAUGGGCUCUAAGGGGUUCAGCUCAGGUAAACACAGAUGGGGGGUGGAGGUGGGGGACCAUCCUGACUGGAUUAUGGGUGUGGCAAAAGAGUCAGUUGACAGGAAGGGGGAGCUGUUUGCAUCACCAAAGUAUGGAAUCUGGGCUCUACUGCAGAGGAGUGGUAAGUAUAGUAAUGGAAAGGGAGAGACCCUCCUCCUGAAGAAGAAACCCCAGAGGAUCAGAGUUCAGCUGGACUACGACCAGGGGGAGGUGUCCUUCUACGACUCCAGAGACAUGACACUCAUCUACACUCAUAAAGACACAUUCACUGAGACUCUCUAUCUGUACAUCUCUAUUGGAUCAGCUGGUGAUGCCAAAAGCACUGGUGUUCAGAUCUGCCAAUCAGAGGUGUCAGCCCAUGUCAGUUAAACAUUUUGUAUUGGUUAAUUAGUCUAGUUAAUCUAGCCAGCUAUCUAAACUAGUCAUCAUGACCGAAUUACUAAUCGUGCAUGCAGGGUACGUGCCCAGGGGCCCUGACCUCCAGGGAGACACAAUUUAUUAUGUUCUGUAGAAUUGCAUGAAAUGAUGUGUAAAACUACAAAAUAAUUGUUCCGUAAUGCAAACUCAUAUGUUCACUUUUUGUGAAUAAAACUCUUUUUCUGCAAACAGAUCCUCUGUACAUCUUAUAUUUUUCAUUGCGAUGCUGAAUUCAUGUUUGUUAAUGUGAAGCAACUAAUUGUGUUUGUAGAACAAUUCUAAAUGUAAUACAUUUAGGGCUAUGACUAGGGUGGUUCCUGGUCAGGUCCCAUCUUAAGGAAAACCUCUGUGCCCAAGGUGUGGUUGGGUCACGUCUUUAGGAAAACCUCUGGGCCCUAAAUGUGGUUGGUUCACAUGUUAAGGAAAACCUCUGGACCCUAAAUGUGGCUGGGUUAAGGAAAACCUCUGGGCCCAAGAUGUGGUUGGGUCACGUCUUUAGGAAAACCUCUGGGUUCAAGAUGUGGUUGGUUCACCAGUUAAGGAAAACCUCUGGACCCGAAAUGUGGCUGGGUUAAGGAAAACCUCUAGGCCCUAGAUGUGGUUGGUUCACCAGUUAAGGAAAACCUCUAGGCCCUAAAUGUGGUUGGUUCACAUGUUAAGGAAAACCUCUGGACCCUAAAUGUGGCUGGGUUAAGGAAAACCUCUGGGUCCUAGAUGUGGUUGGUUCACCAGUUAAGGAAAACCUCUGGACACUAAAUGUGGCUGGGUUAAGGAAAACCUCAUCUUCUAAUAUUAACUAUUGACUUUAGUGUAAUUGUGAAUAACUUGAAUCCUUGUCAGAAUGUCCUUUUCUAGUGUCAACGUUUACCUGUCUAUGUCCCUGACAGUGUCUGCAGCAUUACAACAUGAAACAAGGACAUGAUAUUGAUCUGACUAUUGAGUACAGAGCUCUGUGUUAAACUGUUAUCAGUGAAUGUCCUACUGGGUCUGGGAGGACACCAUGUACAACACAACGUCUUUCAUUAUUGGUGCUGAUGUGAAGCUAUGAAACAAACUGACAUUAAAAGAUCAUCAAAGAAA